AUGGAGGCGCCCGCCAGCGCGCAGACCCCGCACCCGCACGAGCCCAUCAGCUUCGGCAUCGACCAGAUCCUCAACAGCCCGGACCAGGACAGCGCACCAGCCCCGCGGGGCCCCGACGGCGCCAGCUACCUGGGAGGGCCCCCCGGGGGCCGUCCGGGCGCCACAUACCCGUCUCUACCCGCCUCCUUUGCCGGCCUGGGCGCGCCCUUCGAGGACCCGGGAUCUUACAGUGUCAACCUGAGCCUGGCGCCCGCCGGCGUGAUCCGAGUGCCAGCGCACAGGCCGCUGCCCGGGGCUGUGCCACCGCCUCUGCCUAGCGCGCUGCCCGCCAUGCCCUCCGUGCCCACGGUCUCCAGCCUGGGCGGCCUCAAUUUCCCCUGGAUGGAGAGCAGCCGCCGCUUCGUGAAAGACCGCUUCACAGCGGCGGCGGCCCUCACGCCCUUCACCGUGACCCGGCGCAUCGGCCACCCCUACCAGAACAGGACGCCGCCCAAGCGAAAGAAGCCGCGCACGUCCUUUUCUCGGGUGCAGAUCUGCGAGCUGGAAAAGCGCUUCCACCGCCAGAAGUACCUGGCCUCGGCCGAGAGGGCGGCGCUCGCAAAGUCCCUCAAAAUGACGGACGCGCAGGUCAAGACCUGGUUCCAAAACCGGAGGACCAAGUGGCGGCGGCAGACGGCGGAGGAGCGGGAGGCGGAGCGGCAGCAGGCGAGCCGGCUCAUGCUGCAGCUGCAACACGACGCCUUCCAAAAGAGCCUCAACGACUCCAUCCAGCCCGACCCUCUCUGUCUGCACAACUCGUCGCUCUUUGCUCUGCAGAAUCUGCAGCCCUGGGAGGAGGACAGCUCCAAGGUCCCCGCCGUCACCUCUCUGGUGUGA